AUGAAUCAAAAUUGUAUGUCCGACCUGGGACCAAGGUCGCUCUGACGACGCGGAUUAACCACCCCGCCCAACAGACCCUCCCUUUCCACCCUACGGCUACAGCUCAGCCAACGCAUCCGGCUAUCAACCGCCGAACGGCUUCACAGCCUACUCCACCGCAACACCGCAGCAGCUCCAGCAUCCGAAUCCACACCGUCAGGGACAACAGGCUCAAUCGCAGUUCUUCUCCAGCCUUCCUCAGGGUACCGCUGCCCAGCAGCAACAGCAGCGUCAACGGCACUCCUCAGACGGUCUUCAAAACGGAGUCAACAGGCCUUCCUCGCCGCCCCCUGUGCCCAAUGGUCCGGGAGCACCACCACCAGAACCGAGCAGUCCACCGGACCUCGAGACUAAUCUCUUCGACGCGCUGCGUCAGGAGCAAGGAAACAGUGGCGACGGUGCAACCCAGGAUGCAACCCAGGAUAAUGAUGAUGAUGUCGAAGAUCAGGACGAGGAGGGCAAUGAGGAUGAUCCCGUCUACCAACUACCGCCUCCUCCAGAGCAAGUAUAUCCCAACGCCGACGAGCUAGAGAAGGCAAUGCAUGCUUGGUCACUGGAUCAUGGCUACGAGUUGGUCCGAAGAGCGAGCAAGAAGAACGCGCGAGGUCAGCUGUACAAGCGCUAUUUCCACUGCAGCAGGCAUGGUAAGGUAGCCAGUCAGAAGGCGAGCGAGAAGACGAAAGUCCGCGUCAACAGGAAGAGCAACCGCAUAGGAUGCCCCAUGUCUCUGGCUGCCGUCUCGGUCGACCCUCACGAUCCUUCCGGGAAUUGGCAAAUCCGUCACAGAAAGACGCAUCACAACCACCCUGCUGUCGAUGCGAUCAAGCUCGCAGGCCACAGACGGCGAGCACGUAUGGGUACCGUCGAGAAGGCGGUUGAUGGGCUAUUUGCGAUCAACACGAGCACUGGCGAUGUCCUGAAGUUUCUCCAGCGAACAAAUCCCGAUGGCCUUUUCAACCGGACGGAUGUGGCGAACAUGAAGCUCAAGUACAAUAAGUAUGGCACUUGCGCGCAGAAAGGUGGCGACCCGCCUCCAGCUGGCCCAAUUGAAAAGCACGCGCACUCAGCGAAGAGUGGAUUUCCUUCGGCGUGCGAUUCGUGCCGUUCGAAGAAGACGAAAUGCGACAGCAUGCGGCCAGUCUGUGGCGCUUGCGCUCGGGCACAUCUUACUUGUCACUACAAUCAUCAGCCUCAUCCGCGAGCUCAGCAGCCACGAGGAGGCAAUGCUCGCGCCCGCGCGAGCAACGCCCAAGCGGCUCUGCAGAACAACAUGGAAGGGCACGCCCAAGCUGGAGCUUCCAACGGUGCGCAGACUGGGAUGCGGAGCUCGGUGCCACUGGGCAUGCAAGGUCCUGAUCACCAGGAUGACCAAUCGAUGAUGGACCUCGACAACAACGCGAUGGAUACAUCAGGAUACCGAGCACUACCGAAUAUUCCCGUGGACCUGAACCAGCAAAGCGCGCAGCAGGCCGAGCAGAUUCUUGCUACGCUUGCAAACUUUCAACAGGAACAUGUCAAGCCCAGCCGGCUUUCUCUGGAAAGUUCGUCGGUAGAAGUACUAGCGAAUUCGACUUGCGGCAAUGGUGACUCGUACAAGUCUGUGGCUCCGCGACCAUUCUCUCUCGGGGCAGAUUGGCGGCUUUUCAGGGAGAAUUUUGAAGCUGCAGCAGUGAAGGAGAAUGCCUACGACGCUCUCAUCGGCGAUAAGAAAGAGCCGACCAAUCCGAAUGAUGGAGAGGGUGAGGUCUCGGUCACAGACCACAACGAAUACAUCAAGCAGCUCGCCAUCUACAAGCGCCGGAAUGACAUGCUCAAGAUUGCUCUUAGGGAGAGUCUUCACCCAAGCCUCUGGUCCCGUAUCAGCAAACACAGCCACGCACAUGAAAUGUGGACACAACUAGAAGACAUGUGCCUGCCACGCGGAAGCGAUCAGGCCUACCAACGCUUCUCAGACCUCUUCCAAGUCACGCACCAACAAUGCGGGACCCUCGACAACUAUAUCUAUGCCCUCGAGUCCAGAUUCAACGAAUUUAACCUGAUGGCACAAACCCACGAGACACAUCGGAACCAUUCCGCUCUCAACCAGUCGCAUUCCGAACGACUCAAACGCGCUCAGGGAGGCGAUGGGACGUUCCCGGAAUGGAUCUUGUGUUUCUUGUUUCUGAAGAAUCUGGCGCCUCAGCAUCAGGGAUUGGCGAGGAAUUUGUGCAUGAAGAAUAAUUUGGGGGGAUACGGAAGUGGGGAGAGGAUGACCUUUAAGGAGUUGGCGGGAUUUGUGAGGAGGGCUGUCGAGUGGGAGACGCAGAGGAAUGGCGCUAUUCAGCGAUGA